GCUUACUCGGCCUUCUCCUUGCCGGUGAGCAACACGAAAGCGACGCCACACUCCGGUCGUUUCGAGGAAUUCAUGCCUUUUUGGUCUCCUCCUUGGCGGUUUCUUUGCUCGUCUCCUCUCCUCUCGUGCAUCCGACAGCUAACCGUCUUCGGAGUUUGAGUUUGUGCUUAUUCCGAUGGGAUGGGGAAACAUUUACAGAAGACGUUUAAAAGUAUUUACACUAGCUGUAGUAAUCUACCUGGAUUACAAGUCUGUUCAGCAAAGACAGAAAUGGAUGAACAAAUCCAAGAGAACUGCCUUUUGGCAAAAAGCUCAUGAACGCAAUGCUAGGCGUCUUCUCAACUUGAUAAUUGAGUUGGAAGGUUUAUGGGUGAAGCUUGGGCAAUACUUAUCCACUCGUGCUGAUGUGCUUCCUGAGGCAUAUAUUUCGCUUCUCAAGCAAUUACAAGAUUCUCUUCCUCCCCGUCCCUUACGAGAGGUUUGUCAUACAAUUCAGAAGGAGUUGGGGAAGAACAUGGAUGAACUCUUCAUGGAUUUUGUGAAAGAUCCUUUGGCAACAGCAUCAAUUGCACAAGUACAUCGUGCAACACUGAUUGAUGGGCGGGAAGUAGUCGUCAAAGUUCAGCAUGAGGGCAUCAAGGAAAUCAUAUUGGAGGAUUUAAAGAAUGCGAAAUCAAUUGUUGACUGGAUAGCAUGGGCAGAGCCACAGUUUAACUUUAAUCCCAUGAUAGAUGAAUGGUGUAAAGAAGCUCCAAAAGAACUCGAUUUCAAUAAUGAAGCUGAGAACACUAGAACUGUUUCUAGAAAUCUUGGAUGCAAAAAGCUUCAUGAGGAUAAUAAGUCUUCCAACCAAGUGGAUGUUCUGAUUCCAGAAGUUAUUCAGUCAACUGAAAGUGUCCUAGUUCUGGAGUACAUGGAUGGAAUUCGUUUGAAUGACUCUGCAUCUCUAGAAGCCUUUGGUGUUGACAAACAAAGGAUUGUUGAAGAAAUCACUCGUGCGUAUGCCCACCAAAUAUACAUUGAUGGAUUUUUUAAUGGCGACCCUCAUCCCGGUAAUUUCCUUGUUAGCAAGGAAGCUCCACAUCGUCCUGUUUUGCUUGACUUUGGGCUUACAAAGAAAUUAUCAAGCCCCAUGAAACGAGCACUAGCAAAAAUGUUUUUGGCAUCUGCUGAGGGUGACCAGGUGGCUCUUUUGUCUGCCUUCACAGAAAUGGGACUUAAGUUGCGCCUGGAUAUGCCAGAGCAGGCUAUGGAAGCAACAAGUAUAUUCUUCCGAAGUUCGACACCAGCAAAUGAAGCUCAAAAAACUGUGAAAUCUUUGGCUGAGCAAAGAAACAAAAACAUGAAGGUUAUACAGGAAAAGAUGAAACUUAAUGAAAAAGAAGUUAAGCGCUUUAAUCCUGUUGAUGCCUUUCCGGGUGAUAUUAUAAUAUUUUCACGGGUUCUUAAUCUUCUUAGAGGGCUCUCUUCCACUUUGAAUGUCCGCAUAGUAUAUCUAGAUAUCAUGAGACCAUUUGCUGAAACUGUUCUACUAGGAAACAUUGAUAAGGCACCUGCAGCAAGUCCACAGUGGAUCUACAACACACCAGUUCAUUCUGAUGUGGAAUUGAAGCUAAGGAAACUCUUAGUUGAGCUGGGGAAUAUUGAUAAAAUACUUGGAGUACAGGUAUGUGCCUAUAAAGAUGGGGAGGUUAUUAUUGACACCGCAGCUGGAGUGCUUGGAAGAUAUGAUCCUCGUCCAGUUCAGCCCGAUUCUCUUUUCUCUGUAUUUUCCGUGACAAAAGGUAUCACUGCAGGAAUGGUACAUUGGCUGGCAGAUAAUGGAAAACUCAAGCUGGAGGAAAAUGUUGCAAAUAUUUGGCCAGAAUUUGGAGUAAAUGGGAAAGAUUCCUUGAAGGUUCAUCACGUGCUUAACCAUACAUCUGGUUUACACAAUGCACUGGGCAACGUUGGAACAGAAAAUCCUUUGCUGCUGAUUGAUUGGGAGGAAUGUUUGAACCACAUUGCUGCGUCUGUACCAGAGACUGAACCUGGCCUACAGCAGCUCUAUCACUAUCUGUCUUUUGGCUGGAUCUGUGGUGGCAUAAUAGAGCAUGCAUCUGGAAAGAAACUUCAAGAUGUUCUUGAAGAAGCCUUCAUCCACCCUCUUGGCAUUGAAGGAGAGCUAUAUAUUGGAAUUCCUCCAGGUGUGGAGUCCCGACUUGCUACACUUACACUCGAUAGAGAUGAUCUGGAGAAGCUCUCAGGAAUGCCAAAUCGUCCUGAAUUGCCAUCCACCUUCCAGCUCAACCGCAUUGCCCAAAUGGCAAGUACCUUCCCCACCUUAUUUAACAUGCUAAAUGUUCGUCGUGCCAUCAUACCUGCAGCUAAUGGGCACUGCUCAGCUCGUGCACUUGCACGCUAUUAUGCAGCCUUGGUUGAUGGUGGUGUGCCCCCACCACCACAUUCCUCUUUGUCCAAUCCACCACUUGGGAGCCACCCCCACAUUCCCAAAUUUUCUGGACUGAAGCUGCAUGAUAAGCAGAAGGAUAAUGAGACUAACGAGGGAGUUGCUGAUACAAAGAAAAAGCAGAAAAAGAAUUAUAGCAAAGAGCUUAAGGAUAGUAGUCACAGUAGAAAGAGCAGCAAGGACGAUUACACUUACACUAGGCUUGCCAAUGAUGAUAGCAGCAGUAGUAGCAAUACCAUCAUAACCAACAUCAGUACAAACAUAAAUGAGGCUCAGAACAAGAACCAUAGGAAGAUUUUCAGCAACCCUAAGAUUCAUGAUGCAUUCCUAGGUGUUGGUGAAUAUAGCAAUAUGGCCCUUCCAAAUGUGAUGUUUGGACUUGGAUUUCGGAGGUAUAAAUCAAAGGAUGGGUCAUUGACUGGCUUGGGACACUCAGGCAUGGGUGGAUCAACAGGUUUUUGCGACAUUGAAAAUAGAUUUGCUAUUGCAGUGACCUUGAACAAAAUGUCAUUUGGGGGAGUGACUCAACAGAUCAUACAACUAGUUUGUUCAGAGUUAAACAUACCAUUGCCAGAGGAAUAUUCAGGAUUAAGAGGAAGGGGUCUUGGUGAACGGGAUACCCCUCUGAUUAACUAAGGUUUACACAUUAUUUAUUACCUGUAUGAAUAACAUGCAAAGUUACAAACUUAUGUGUCUCACUAUGUUGUCUCACAGAUUCAUUCUUCUUUCCUUUUUCCCCUAAUACUUGUUACCGAGAAUUUGCAGACGUCCAAAUUAGUUUAAUGGUAUAUGAAAAUAGACUGCUAAUAAUUUUCAUAUUCAUGAAUAAAGAUUGCUCUCAAGC